AUGUCGGGACGGGCCGCGAUGCGAACCCCUGAACCCCCUGACCGCGACGAUCACGAAGAUCCACCACCGCGACUGUUGAGACCGAAACGCACUACCAGACCACCAAGCAACUAUGCGCAAGAGCAGGAGAAAUGUACUGAGCAGAGAGAGACGCGCUCUCAGCAGAGCAAGAGAACCCAAGACAAACCAGUAGCCCAACAUGACGCGGUAGCUUCGGACGACUCGACAGAGAGCGAGGACCUGAACACCGCCAAACUUGUGAAGGAGCUUGUCAAACUCAGGAGAGAGAUCAGACAGCGAGAUGAUUUGCAUAGAGAAGAGAUCCAGAAAGUUCAAGAAGAAUUUCAGAAAGAAUUUCAGAAAGUCAAGGAAGAAUUUGGUGCCGCACUCGCAGAAGUUCGACACGAGUUACGGAUCCUGACUGACAGACCCCCGACACCGCAAUCGCACUGCGAAUCAUGCUCACAGAACAGCCACGAUGAGAUCCUCCGCGAAAUUCAUUCCCUGCGCGAUGCCAUCAGCACUGCCGUUCCCACUGGCUCCCCGUCCUAUGCGGAUGUUGCCCGUACCCCGCCAACCAGUCAACCGAGCAACAUACGAACUCUCUCAUCGUCGAACACGACACCGACCACCCUCACUGACACGUUAUAUUGCACGAUAGAUACCUCGAAGAUGGCAGACAAUGAAAACGAGAGAAUGUCCGCAGGCCGAGUCAGGGUGGCGGUUGAGACAGAGAUCCGGGCGCUGGAAGGCCACAUGCACUGGCGCUGUCGCGCUGUCACUGUGGACCCGAAAAACACUAACCGGAUCAGGGUAGCUUGCCGAGACGAAGCUGAGCAUCAGCUAGUCAAAAAGGCGGCGGAAGCAAAGAUCGGCACAGGAGCCCGGGUGCUUCGUGACGAACUGUACCCGAUCAAAGUUGACAGUGUCAACAAGGCCGCAGUCCUAGAUGACAAAGAUGAGAUCCGAGCCGGUGUCGCGGCAGCCUUUAGCGAGGAGAACGAAGCUACCGUGGCCAAGAUCGCAUGGCUCAGCAGGAAAGAAAGUGCAAAGGCGUAUGGGUCAAUGGUUGUGUACCUAACCAAAGGCUCUGACGUACGGAGGCUCCUGGCCGAAGGGUUCUUCCACGCUGGGGGAGAAUCUGGCGUGACCAGCGCCUUUGAAUAUCGACCACGUCCGAUGCAAUGCUACAACUACCAGGAGAUUGGCCACAAGGCCUUCCAGUGCAGGAACGUCCAGAGUGCGUUCCAUGCGGAGGCCCACAUGAAUCAUACAGCAAAAAUUGCCAGAAGCUCUAUCCGUCACGUCAUGAAUAAAACACUCCGAAUAAUCCAACUGAAUGUGAGGAAACAGGGAGCAGUGCAUGAUAGUUUAAUGAACGACGAAGAAACUCAGGGGGCAGUGGCACUGGCGAUUCAGGAACCCCAAGCGAGAAGAAUUCAAGGCCGGCUGUUGACAACCCCGAUGGGACAUCACAAAUGGACCAAGAUGGUUCCCUCUACCUGGAGGGAGGGCCGAUGGGCGAUCCGAAGUAUGCUUUGGAUCAAUAAGGAAGUGGAAGCGGAGCAAGUGCCGAUCGAGUCGCCGGAUCUGACGGCGGCGGUCAUCCGCCUCCCCGAGCGACUGAUUUUUAUGGCAUCGGUUUACGUAGAGGGAGGGGAUGCCUCGGCGUUGGACGACGCAUGCGAUCACCUUAGAAAAGCAAUCACAAAGGUACAGCGAGAUUCAGGGACUGUGGUGGAGGUCAUGGUUGUAGGGGACUUCAACCGCCAUGAUCAACUCUGGGGAGGAGACGACGUGUCUUUGACAAGACAAGGAGAGGCGGAUCCAAUCAUCGACAUCAUGAACGAAUUUUCUCUGAGUAGCCUACUCAAACGAGGCACGAAGACAUGGCACGGCGGAGGGCAGACUGGGGACUGUGAGUCCACGAUCGACCUCGUUCUGGCCUCGGAAAACUUGACGGACUCGAUGGUCAAGUGUGCAAUACACGUAACAGAGCAUGGCUCGGACCACUGCGCCAUUGAGACUGUUUUCGAUGCGCCGUGGCCGACCCCACAGCAUACGGAACGACUUCUGCUGAAGAACGCACCAUGGAAGGAAAUCAAUACCAGGAUCGCGACUACCCUAGCCAGCAAUCCGUCGGAAGGGACGGUACAGCGAAAGACCGACCGACUCAUGUCAGCGGUAUUGGAAGCGGUGUAUACUUUAACACCGAGGGCCAAACCGUCGCCACACGCAAAGCGAUGGUGGACGGCAGACCUAACACAGCUCCGUCAGAUAUACACAUAUUGGAGAAACCACGCCCGCUCGGAGCGACGAGCAGGGCGAAAGGUACCACACCUGGAAAGUAUGGCCGCGAGUGCGGCGAAACAAUACCACGAUGCUAUUCGCGAACAAAAGAAGAAACACUGGAAUGAGUUUCUGGCGGACAACAAUAAUAUAUGGAAAGCCGCGAAAUACCUGAAGUCGGGAGACGACGCAGCAUUCGGGAAGCUCCCGCAGCUCCUCAGGGCAGAUGGAACCACUACCACUGACCACAAGGAGCAAGCAGAAGAACUACUGACCAAAUUUUUCCCGCCCCUGCCAGACAGAAUUGAUGAUGAAGGAGCCAGGCCGCAGAGAGCGCCGGUAGAGAUGCCGGCCAUCACCAUGGAAGAGGUCGAACGGCAGUUGUUGGCCGCAAAAUCUUGGAAAGCGCCGGGCGAGGACGGUCUACCGGUGAUAGUGUGGAAGAUGACGUGGCCUGCGGUCAAAAACCGGGUCCUAGAACUAUUCCAGGCAUCGCUGGACGAAGGCACGUUACCGAGGCAAUGGAGACAUGCGAAGAUCAUACCGCUAAAGAAACCGAACAAAGAGAACUAUACUAUUGCGAAGGCUUGGAGGCCGAUCUCACUCCUGGCGACACUGGGGAAGGUACUGGAAUCAAUCAUCGCAGAAAGGAUCUCACACGCGGUGGAGACAUAUGGCCUGCUUCCGACUAGUCACUUUGGGGCCCGAAAGCAGCGAUCCGCGGAGCAAGCACUUUUACUCUUACAAGAGCAAAUCUACGCGGCGUGGCGUGGCCGACGGGUCCUAAGUUUGAUCAGCUUCGACGUCAAGGGGGCCUACAAUGGGGUUUGCAAAGAACGACUGCUCCAGAGGAUGAAAGCGCGAGGGAUACCGGAGGUCCUGCUCCGGUGGGUCGAAGCGUUCUGCUCGGAGCGAACGGCGACCAUCCAGAUCAAUGGCCAAGCAUCUGAGGCGCGAAGCCUCCCACAGGCUGGUCUGCCUCAGGGUUCUCCACUGUCCCCGAUCCUCUUCCUCUUUUUCAACGCAGAUCUCGUACAGCGACAGAUCGAUGGCCAAGGAGGAGCGAUUGCCUUCGUGGAUGACUUCACCGCGUGGGUGACUGGACCGACUGCGCAGAGCAACCGGAAUGGUAUUGAAGCGAUCGUCAAUGAAGCACUCGACUGGGAAAAGAGAAGUGGAGCGACCUUUGAAGCAGAGAAAACUGCCAUUAUACACUUCGCCUCCAAGGCCCGCAAGUCAGACUCGGAGCCAUUCACCAUUAAGGGGGAGACCGUUGAACCUAAAGACUAUGUUAAGAUUCUUGGCGUCAUAAUGGAUACAAGACUCAAAUACAAGGAACAUAUCGCGAGAGCGGCGUCCAAAGGCCUGGAAGCAGCGAUGGAGCUGCGACGGCUUCGUGGCCUAUCCCCAGCAACAGCGCGGCAAUUAUUUACGUCGACUGUGGCCCCGGUGGUGGACUAUGCCUCCAAUGUCUGGAUGCACGCUUUCAAGAACAAGAAUAUCGGGCCGAUCAACCGGAUUCAACGAGUCGGAGCGCAAGCGAUUGUUGGGACAUUCCUCACAGUCGCGAUCAGCGUAGCGGAAGCGGAGGCUCACAUCGCCACAGUGCAACACCGGGUCUGGAAACGAGCUGUGAAGAUGUGGACAGACAUGCAUACCCUACCAGCAACCAAUCCGCUCCGCAGGAGUACAGCUCAGAUCAAAAAAUUCAGAAGAUACCACCGUUCACCAUUAUAUCAUGUUGCAGACGCGCUGAAAAGAACCGAGAUGGAAUCACUGGAAACCAUCAAUCCAUUCACCUUGGCACCAUGGGAGGAGCGUGUGCAGAGCGAUAGUCAUGAAACCCCAGAGACACAGACCGAAGCAGGUGGAGUCAUGCGGAUCGCGGUCAGUAGUUCAGCACGGAACGAUCUGGUUGGAUUUGGAGUGGCGAUCGAGAAGCGGCCACCUCGUUAUCGAAAACCGAGGCUGAAGACCUUCUCUGUCACACUGGGCGCAAGAGCAGAGCAAAACCCAUACUCCGGCGAAUUGGCAGCAAUGGCAUACGCACUGGGCACGCUACAGGGACUGAAACGGUGCAGGGUCAUGCUACUCACGAGCAACAAAGCGGCGACUCUCACGCUGAGGAAUCCUCGACAACAGUCGGGCCAGGAACACAUCUACCAAGCAUACAAGCUGAUCAAGAGACUACGGAAGCAUGAGAACCACAUCAACAUCUGUUGGGUCCCGACCAGCGAAGAUAAUCACCUGCUAGGCCUAGCAAAAGAGCAGGCUCGGACCGCAACCCAAGAGGAUUCUACCCCGCAGGCACAGGUCCCCCGGAUGAAGUCGACAACACUGAACAUCUCACGAUCCCAAGCAGUCCCCAAAAAUUGUCUACCAGAGAAUAUAGGGAAACACUCCAAGCGAGUGGAUGCAGCACUUCCAGGGAAACACGCCCGACAGCUAUAUGAUCGAUUGUCUUGGAAAGAAGCAAGCGUGCUAGCCCAGCUCCGGACUGGUAUGGCGAGACUUAAUGGAUACCUCUAUCGCAUCAACGUUGCAGAGACGGACCAAUGCGCAUGUGGACAAGCCAGAGAGACUGUGGAGCACUUCCUCUUCCGAUGUCAGCGGUGGACCACGCACCGGACGGAAAUGCUGCAAUGUACCCAUACUCACCGAGGCAACAUAUCCUUUUUCCUAGGCGGGAAAUCGCCUUUGGAUGACCAGAACUGGAAGCCGAAUUUGGAAGCAGUGCGAGCCACAAUACGGUUUGCAAUCACCACGGGCCGACUUGACGCCACUUAA